CAACAAUAAUGUCGACAAAAACGAUAACGAUAAUAAUGAAAAAAAAUUAGCGAGUGAUAGUACUAUUCGUUCAAUAACAUCAUCAUCACAAGCAUCAUCAUCAUCAUCAUCAUCAUCAUCAUCAUCAACAAUAAAUUCAAUAAUAAUGUCGACAAGUGUGCCAAAAAAUUUUAAUAUUCCAUCACAUCAUCAUCAUUCAUCAAUUGAACAGCAUCGAAGUUAUUCAAUUUGUGAAAUGUCUUCACAAAUAACACCAUCGGCAUCAACAUCAUCAUCAUCAUCAUUAACAACAUCGGCAUUAAUUAAAUCACCAAAAUUUCGUCGUGGAACUACAGCCGGUGCCGUUGGCAUUAAUUCAUCAUCAUUGACAUCAACAAUGACAACAAAAUCGGCCAAUAUAAUGUUAUGUCCAAUGAUGAUGACAGGAAAUUAUUCAUGGACAGAGAAUACAUUACAAUCAUCAUCAUCAACUGGAUUACAACAACAACAACCACCACCACCACCGAUGACACCUUCACAUGAUACAUUAAUACGUAUGGAUACGCCUAAUGAUGAGGAUAAAAUCGAUCUAAAACAUAUUAGUAUGGCAUUGAUGAAAUUACUUUAUCCAAAGGCAUACGAUAUUCUUGAAAUUAUAAGGAAAAAUUUUCAAAAUCGAAACAAAGAUGUUUGGGAAGAUAUAUGUAAAAACUUUGCUGCCAAAUGUUCAACAACUUCAACAAAGUCCUAUCCGUUCAAUAAAGAUUCAUCAAAUGGAUCAAUCCAAAAUAUUGGUAAAGAAAAAUGUCCGAAUAUAAACAAUAAUACCGAUUGUGGUAAUGAAAACGAUAAAUACGAUUGGUUUUUAGACGCAAAACCAGAUACAAUUACAUAUGAUCAUUUGGAAAAUUUUACUAAAUAUUUGGUGAAAAAACUUGGUCUCAAUUGGGAAGAGGUAAUUGUCGAUAUGGGUGAAAAAUAUGCACGACAAUGUUUGGCCACCGAUUCUAAACCAUUGAAUUUUAUUGGCGAAAAUCUAAUCGAAUUUCUUGUGAAUAUUGAAAAUAUACAAUCAAUUGCAUAUAAAGAAGUGAGCCAUAUGACAGAUUUUUCUAAUCGAGCAUGGACACCAUCACAACCGGAUCUAUUGCCAAUUACAGUAUUUGUUAAUAAUCCUGAAACAAAAAUUGUUGUCACAUACAAUAUAAUGGAACCAAUAUGUCAUUUUGUUGCCUGUUUUCUUUCUGGCCUUUAUCAACGUGUAGCACGAUCAUUAUUCAAUAUUGUUAUUCGUGUCAAUGUUGAAAUUGGUUCAGAUCAAUAUAAAUUCUUUAUAGAAAAUCGUCAAUCCGGUGCCACAUUAGUCAAUGAUGAUUCAUUCGUUUCUCGUUAUAAAUCGUAUCUGUUAAAUCGGCCGGAACAGUUGCUCAUGUAUAUACAAACAUUUAAACGGGUGUUUCCAUUUCAUUUUGUCUGCGAUCAAAAUCUUCGAUUCAUUCAAUAUGGAACAGGCCUAAGCAAAAUAUUUGGUGCACAAAAUAAACAUAAUGUACAUAUUUCCAACGUAUUCAAUAUUGUACAGCCUAAUGUGGGAUUCUUUUUCGAAUCGAUCAGACAUCGAAUCAAUCUUGCCUUCAUUUUACGUAUACGUGAUAAUAUUUCGAAUGAACAUUUUCGUCGUAUGGAAUUACAAGGACAAAUCAUUGAAUGUGUUGAAACAAAAUGCUUAUUAUUUCUUGGAUCACCAAUCGUAAAAGGAUUACAAUCCUUAACUAGCCGUGGCCUUUUUCUAUCCGACAUUCCUAUACAUGAUGCAACCAGAGAUAUCAUUCUAAUUGAAGAACAAUCAAGAGCACAAGAAAGUCUGAAACGUCGUAUGGAUAAACUGAAGGAUACUAUUCAGAAAGCUAAUCAAGCUGUAGAAAUUGAAAGAAGUAAAAAUGUUGCUCUAUUGAAUUUAAUUUUUCCGGCCCAAGUUGCUCGACGAUUAUGGUUAGGUAAAUCGGUUGAAGCACGACACUAUGAUGAUGUCACGAUGUUAUUUUCGGAUAUUGUUGGAUUUACGGCCAUUUGUUCUACUGCUACUCCUAUGGCUAUUAUUAAUAUGCUUAAUGAGCUUUAUACACAAUUUGAUGUUUUCUGUGGUGAAAUCGAUGUCUAUAAGACGGAAACCAUCGGAGAUGCUUAUUGUGUUGCAUCGGGUUUACACAGACAAACAUCUCAUCAUGCCGUAUUGGCUGCAUUUAUGGCUUUGAAAAUGAUGGAAGCAGUAAAAAAUUUCACACCUAAAGAUAUAAAUGUGGAAAAAUUUCAGAUGAGAAUUGGUCUUCAUAGUGGUUCCUGUUUAUCCGGAAUUGUUGGAGUUCGAAUGCCCAGAUAUUGUCUAUUCGGUGCUCAUGUAACAUUGGCCAAUAAAUUUGAAUCACAAAGUCAAGCCCAACGAAUCAAUAUUAGUCCAACAACUUACAGAUUGUUGCAAAAAUUUCCAAAAUUUGAAUUCACUCUACGCGAUCCAAAUUGUUUGCCAAAAGAAUGUCCAGCCAAUCUUGAACGAAAAUCAGCAUUUGUCGAUAGUUAUCAUCAUCCUAAAUUAACCGCUAAUUUAUCACAAACCAAACAUAUAUCAAGAGCUUUGGAAGAUAUUAAUUCAAUACAUAACGAUAACAACCAAAGUGGUGAUUAGAAAAUGUAGAAAAAAUGUUGUUAUUCAUUUUAACAUAAACACACAGGUUAUAUAUUCACAAUCAAAGAAAAUAUUAUUUUUUUUUGUUUUGUUUUUUUUUUUUGAGUUUGUUAUCAUUUUUUCUUACAUGAAGAAAAACUUACAUAUAUGCAAAACUUUGAACACCAGGGAAUAAUUUCACACAUAUAUAAAAAUCACACACUACGAAUAAAUCGAAUGAAAAAUGGAAAUUCGAAAAUAAAACAAUCCAAUCCACCAUCGCCAUCUUGUGUCGUGAAAACAGAUUAAUCAAAAUCAAAAUAAUAAUAAAAAAACUCGAAAUAUAAA